AUGGCUCCUACCCUCACCGAUCACGAGCAGAAGCUCCUUGGUCAUUCCUGGCAGUCCUUGAAGACUCCUCCUGAGAUUGAUCUCGACAAGCUUGCUCGUUUGGGUGGUUACAAGACCAAAGCUUCCGCCAACACUGCCUACCACAAGCUCAAGACCAAGCUGCUGAACGUCAACAAGGCUGAAGACACGCCUGAGGACGAGGAUGGCGAUGCUGACUCCGACGCCGACGCUGAGGACGCUCCCGUCGCUUCGACCUCCGCCGCCAAGAAGGGCCGCGGCAAGAAGACUGCUGUCAAGACUCAAGAACCCGAGACCGAUGAGGACGACGAGUCUGAGACCGUCGCCGUCAAGCCCAAGCCCAAAAGCAAGGCUACCAGAGCUGCCGUCGCCAAGGCCGGCACCGCUAAGCCUGCUCCCAAGCGCCGCAGCACCCGCAACUCCAUGAAGGCCAGCAAGCCCCUGGUUAAGGAAGAGUCGUCCGAGGACUCUGAGGAGGAGGCCCCAAGCGCAUCGCCCUCAAGCAUGGGUAUUGCUGCUGUUCUCGGUGCUGCCCAGGACCCUGCCGCUGACUCUGAGGAUGUCACGGUCCCCACCAACACCCUGAAGCGCGCCACCACUGAACCCGGCUCUGACUUCGACGAGCUGGUUGAGCCCAAGCGUGUCAAGGUCGACGCCGAUGUCGAACCCAUUGGUUCCGUCGUCGAAUCUGUCGAGACCACCACCGUCGUCGUCUCCACCGACCCUCCCGUCGAGACCUACGUCGUUACCGACCCCGACGCCGCCGAUGUCACUACCGACAUCACCACGAUCACUGACGAUGGCUCUGAUGGCUUUGACGUUCCCUCCGACGUCGCCUCCGCUGCCACCAGCGUCGAUGCCCGUGACAUCUAA